UAUUACAUAUAUAUUCUUUCAUUUUUGUUGAAUUACAAAAAUGCUCGACGAAACAGCAACGUCGAGCGUGGAGAACAGCGGACUGCGAGGAACCUUCAAUUUUGUGAAUGCCAAACGCAAUGCUGAGCUGCUGGCGAAUGGCUUUAGGGCACCAUUGGCUGUGCGUACUGGCACCUCCAUUGUGGGUAUUAUAUUCGAUGAUGGCGUUAUACUGGGCGCCGAUACACGUGCCACCGAGGGACCGAUUGUCUCCGACAAGAACUGCUCGAAGAUACAUCGCCUGCAGGAGCACAUCUUCUGCUGUGGCGCCGGCACUGCCGCUGAUACCGAGCAAAUGACACUGGUGACCUCCGCGGAACUGGAUCUGCAGGAGCUGAAUACAAAUCGCCAGGUGCCGGUGAUCUGUGCCAGCAUGCUGCUGCGCCGUACGCUCUUCCGCUACCAGGGACACAUUAGCGCCGCCUUGGUGAUGGGUGGCGUGGACAAAUAUGGGCCGCACAUCAAUUGCAUCCAUCCGUGCGGCUCGAUUGAUAAGAUACCGUAUGCGGCCAUGGGCUCGGGCACACUGGCCGCCAUGUCUGUGCUGGAGCACGGCUGGCAGCCGACACUCGAUCUAGAGCAGGGUAAGCAGCUGGUGCGCGAGGCCAUCACAGCUGGCGUCCUCAAUGAUCUUGGCUCCGGCUCCAACAUUGAUCUGUGCGUGAUUACGCGCAACGGGGCCGAUCAUCUGCGCACCGAGACCGUUGCCAGUGAACGGGGCGAGCGGCUGGCCAAAUAUGCCAUCCUGCCCAAUACAACCCUGGUGAAGAGCAUUUCCGUGCAGGACAUUCACAUCGUCGAGGAGCGCAUAUAUCGCCCUUCCAUCUCCUCGUUCCAUACUACAUCCCAGCAGUCUCGCUUGGACUCGUCAAUGGACUCAGAUGAACAUUCGCCGGAUACUUAAUAAUUUCGAUCUAUAGACAGUAUUAGAUAUCUCUCAUUCCAUUUAACAAUUCAAAAGUUGGCACAUAUUCUUAAUUA